AUGGCGUUACAAAUUCAUCACGUCUUCCGCCCAAUUUCCCCGCCGUCACCGCCACCGUCGCUAACCAUAUCAUCGUCGUCAUGGCCGACUGAGCAAUCGAACAUCGUCGAAGAAGUUUGCCGGUCGUUCAAUCUAGUGAAAACGCCGAGUAGUAAAACCGCCAACAAAUUGAGGAAUUUGACGGUGAGAUCGAGUUUGGAGGCCUCUGGUACGACGGUGGUUGUCGGUGUGGUUACGGAAGUCGAUAAGGAUACGUUUUGGCCGAUCGUUAAUGCCGCUGGUGAUAAGUAUGUUGUUCUCCAUAUGUACACUCAGUGGUAA